AAUUUCAGCAUCACCGGAUAUUUGUAAUUAGAUCAAAACGUGUUGAACCUUUGCCACGGCUUCAUAUCAGCUUCCAUUUUGAUAUUAAGAAUUGGAAUUGUAAUCCAAUUCAAAUUGAAUCAACAGAGUCUUCUUGUUAAGGAGAAUACCAAUAUCUCAUUGUCUUAAUUCACCCACUACAAUACCAGGCAUAUCAUAAUCCAUUAUAUAUUCCAAAGCCGUUUCACCAUAAGUUAUUUUAGUUAAACGUCGAGUUCACUUUCAACAUAUCCAAUUGUCGGUGACAGUCCAUUAUAAUCGUCUUUAUUCAAGCAUAUCCUUCCAUCAACCAUAGCCUUCCAUAGAUGUUAGACUUCAACUGCAAUUGGGAGCAAGGGUGGGUGCUCACAUCGCUUUCCACAGCGUUGUGCUUUGUAGGGUGUCUUGUUAUAUACUUAGAUGACCUCUACUAUCUUCUUUUGCCACGCUUCAUCACGUCUAGAUAUACGUUCAAGUUGAAUGAGAACUAUGUCUUCCUCAACGGUUCCUUAGCGUUUUCUGCUGGCUGUUUGUUGUUCACUUCGUUGUUCAGAUUGCUUCCCGAAGCACUCAAGUACUUGAAAGACUCCUUUGAUGACGACAAUCAUGUGAUUCAUGACCCAUCAGUGAUGAAGUGGAUUCAGACAGACUUGAUAGGAGCUUACAUAGGCGGCAUAUUCAUCUGCCUAGCCUUCAACGGCAUUCUCCACCUUGCCACAAGCGAAUCUGUGGUACAUUGUAAUCAUAGUGGAGACCACACUGUUAACGAGCUAGAUCCUCGCGGUAGUAACCAUGUACACGGUCAUGACCAUAGCCAUUCGCAGAACACAAUAGACUUAGAAAUAGGCAAAACUGGAUGCAAGAAUGGCUGCAGUAAUUCUCAUACUUAUGAACGUCCAGACUCAUCUUCCGAUUCACAUUCGAGUCAUUCUCACACCCACCAAGCUCACGAACAAAACCACCACAACGAGAAUCAUAUUCAAACAAAUUCAGAGACCCACCAGGAGAUGUCUGAAAACAGCCCCUUGCUAACAAGAAACCUGAAGUCUCGCAAAUCGCUCUUGCAUUACUUGGUUCCAAACUCAGACUGUACCAUCUGUGUAGGAGAAUGUAAAGGGUUUGGCUCUGCAGAAUUGUGUCUUUACCAUACGCAGAACGAGACUGAAUCUCCACAACUUCACUUCUGCGAAAUUCCCGAGCUCACCAGCAACAGUAUCCAUGGUCAUUACGAUAUCUAUCUGGAGAACCAAGUCCACGAGGACCACACCUCUCAUGUAGAAGACCACCAUCACCACAUCACUUCUCCAAUGUCACGGUUGCUUUUGAUCGGAAUUCAGACCACUUUGGCUAUAACCUUGCACAAGUUUCCGGAAGGUUUCAUCACUUUUAUCACUUCUGAAACCAACCCCAAGUUGGGAGUAUCCAUCUUCCUUAGUUUGCUAGUGCACAACUUCACUGAGGGGUUCUCAAUGUGUUUGCCUUUGUACUACUCUUUUGCAUCUGGAAGCUCGGCCCAAUACGCCAAGUUGAAGGCAGUAGGAAUCAGUGGUGUUUUAGGGGGCUUUUCGCAGCCAUUGGGUGCAUUUUUGGGGUACUUGUUUUUGCUGUAUAACAAGGCCAAGUAUGGCGAUGGUAACGUCAUUGACGUCGAAAAGCUAGACUUUAUUUUUGGGAUCACCAUGGCCCUCACCAGUGGGUUCUUGACAGUUAUUGCCUUGUCUAUGUAUGGCCUGGCCGUAUCUUUUGGAGGUUCGCUGAACUUUGUCAUGUUGUGGUGUGUAUGUGGUAUCACCGUGAUUGGUGUAUCGUCUAUCUUUUCUGCUUAA